CUGAUUCUUUGACCCUUGAAAGGAAAAGAAACAGUCAUGCUUACAAGUUUAAAGAAUUGUUCAGUUGGAUGAUUCUGAAAGGAUACAGCCUUGUUAUUAACACUGAAAAGUUUAAUUACAUUUCAUUAUACUAUACUAGCUUCUCUUAAUUGGUAAAAGGAGACUAUGAAAGCAAAAACAAAAAUGCUUAAUCUCUAGGAGCUAGAUUUUCCUCGCUGCUUUGUAAUGUAAAUGUGCCUGUGUGUAUAUUAAAAUUCACACACUCCAUCUCACUGGCUUUUAAUGGAGGGGUCACCUGACUUCACCUAGAGCCGCCCCCCUCCCUUUCCCAGAGGAAACCCAAAAGUGAGAGACAGGCUCGUAGAUAACACAGGUUCUUGUGCUGAGAGAUGUAAAUGCCCCUGACUGACCGGGAAGCGAGCGAGGUUGCUGGUGGGGGUUGGGGAAAGGCAAACGGAGGCAGAGAGCAUAAGCGAGAGAGGGGAGAAGGAGAGAGAGGGAGAGGGAGAGAGGGAGAGGCAGAGGGAGACAGAGAGAGAGAGAGAGAAGUGCUGCAUGCUUCAUCUUUGAGAGGAGGGAAAACAAAAGAGCUCAGCGGCAGUUUUGUGUUGCUGUGUCUGGCUUAAAGAGGAAAAUUCUAGACAUCCAUGUUGAAAAAUCAAAGCUCAGCUGAGACUACUUCUAUCAAGAAAAUUAUUUUUAUCUGCGAAUGGGUUGGAUCAGUACAGGUGGUUUGAGAAGACACUGACUGAGGACCAUGGAAAGGUGGGAGAGGACGUGCGGCUUCUCUGCUUCCUUUGAACAGAGCUCUAGGCACCACAAGGCCACAUAAGGAGGGUGAGGUCCCUGGAGUGGAUUAUAUUUUCAUCACUGUUGAAGAUUUUAUGGAAUUGGAGAAAAGUGGUGCUCUCCUAGAAAGUGGGACUUAUGAAGACAAUUACUACGGUACCCCAAAGCCGCCAGCAGAACCAGCACCAUUAUUGUUAAAUGUAACAGACCAGAUACUUCCAGGAGCCACUCCAAGUGCUGAAGGAAAACGGAAGAGGAAUAAAUCAGUGAGCAACAUGGAGAAAGCCAGUAUAGAGCCUCCUGAGGAGGAAGAGGAAGAGAGGCCUGUGGUCAAUGGAAAUGGAGUAGUAGUAACACCAGAAUCCAGUGAACAUGAAGACAAAAGUGCAGGUGCCUCAGGGGAGAUGCCCUCCCAGCCUUAUCCUGCACCAGUGUACAGUCAGCCUGAGGAGCUGAAGGAGCAGAUGGAUGACACAAAGCCAACUAAACCUGAAGACAAUGAGGAACCAGACCCAUUGCCUGAUAACUGGGAAAUGGCCUAUACAGAGAAGGGCGAAGUCUACUUCAUUGACCAUAACACAAAGACAACAUCAUGGCUGGAUCCACGACUUGCGAAAAAGGCUAAACCUCCAGAAGAGUGCAAAGAAAAUGAGCUUCCAUAUGGCUGGGAAAAAAUCGAUGAUCCCAUUUAUGGCACUUAUUAUGUUGACCACAUAAAUAGAAGAACACAGUUUGAAAAUCCUGUCCUGGAAGCAAAAAGGAAGCUACAGCAACAUAACAUGCCCCACACAGAACUUGGAACAAAGCCCCUGCAGGCCCCAGGUUUCCGAGUAGACAGCUCCUCAUGGACAUUACCUAGGCCCAAAUCCAUCCGCCCCCGUGCUGCCCCGGAGAGGUCGCGCAGCGUGAAUGACUUGUCUUACUAUCAGCGCGACCCAGCAGGGAGGCUGUUCGAAAAACCACUCUUCACCCGGGAUGCAUCCCAGUUGAAGGGAACAUUCCUCAGCACCACCCUAAAAAAGAGCAACAUGGGCUUUGGAUUUACCAUCAUUGGUGGAGACGAGCCUGAUGAGUUUCUGCAGGUGAAAAGUGUGAUUCCGGAUGGGCCUGCAGCACAGGAUGGAAAAAUGGAAACAGGUGAUGUCAUUGUCUAUAUUAAUGAAGUUUGUGUCCUUGGACACACUCAUGCAGAUGUUGUCAAACUUUUCCAGUCUGUUCCUAUUGGUCAGAGUGUCAACCUGGUGUUGUGUCGUGGCUACCCUUUGCCCUUUGAUCCUGAAGACCCUGCUAACAGCAUGGUGCCACCCCUUGCAAUAAUGGAGAGGCCACCUCCAGUGAUGGUCAAUGGAAGACACAACUAUGAAACAUAUUUGGAGUACAUUUCUCGGACCUCACAGUCAGUUCCAGAUAUAACAGAUCGGCCGCCUCAUUCUCUGCACUCCAUGCCAACUGAUGGUCAGCUAGACGGCACGUAUCCACCGCCCGUCCAUGAUGACAAUGUGUCUAUGGCUUCAUCUGGGGCCACCCAAGCUGAACUUAUGACCUUAACCAUUGUGAAAGGUGCCCAGGGCUUUGGCUUCACUAUUGCCGACAGUCCUACAGGACAGCGGGUGAAACAAAUACUUGACAUUCAGGGAUGCCCUGGCCUGUGUGAAGGCGACCUCAUUGUUGAGAUCAACCAGCAGAAUGUACAGAACCUGAGCCAUACAGAAGUAGUGGAUAUACUUAAGGACUGUCCCAUUGGAAGUGAAACUUCUUUGAUUAUCCAUCGAGGAGGUUUCUUUUCUCCAUGGAAAACUCCAAAGCCUAUAAUGGACCGAUGGGAGAAUCAAGGCAGUCCUCAAACGAGUUUAUCUGCUCCGGCCAUACCGCAGAACCUGCCCUUCCCACCUGCCCUUCACAGGAGCUCCUUUCCUGACUCAACAGAGGCCUUUGACCCACGGAAGCCUGAUCCAUAUGAGCUCUACGAGAAAUCUAGGGCCAUUUAUGAAAGUAGGCAACAAGUGCCACCCAGGACCAGUUUUCGAAUGGAUUCCUCUGGUCCAGAUUAUAAGGAAUUGGAUGUUCAUCUUCGGAGGAUGGAGUCUGGAUUUGGCUUCAGAAUCCUCGGGGGAGAUGAGCCUGGACAGCCUAUUUUGAUUGGAGCCGUCAUUGCCAUGGGCUCAGCCGACAGAGAUGGCCGCCUUCACCCAGGAGAUGAGCUUGUGUAUGUUGAUGGGAUUCCAGUAGCCGGCAAAACUCACCGCUAUGUCAUCGACCUCAUGCACCACGCAGCCCGCAAUGGGCAGGUCAACCUCACUGUGAGAAGAAAGGUGCUAUGUGGAGGGGAGCCCUGCCCAGAGAACGGAAGAAGUCCAGGCUCUGUAUCCACCCACCACAGCUCUCCACGCAGUGACUACGCAACCUACACCAACAGCAACCACGCUGCCCCCAGUAGCAAUGCCUCUCCCCCUGAAGGCUUCGCCUCCCACAGCCUGCAGACCAGUGAUGUGGUCAUUCACCGCAAAGAGAACGAGGGCUUCGGCUUUGUCAUCAUCAGCUCCCUGAACAGGCCUGAGUCUGGAUCCACUAUAACUGUGCCCCAUAAAAUCGGACGCAUCAUUGAUGGGAGUCCUGCAGAUCGCUGUGCAAAACUAAAAGUGGGAGACCGGAUCCUAGCAGUGAAUGGCCAGUCUAUCAUCAACAUGCCUCACGCUGACAUCGUGAAGCUCAUCAAGGAUGCAGGUCUUAGUGUCACCCUUCGCAUCAUUCCUCAGGAGGAGCUCAACAGCCCCACCUCGGCACCCAGCUCAGAGAAGCAGAGUCCCAUGGCGCAGCAGAGUCCCCUGGCACAGCAGAGUCCCCUGGCCCAGCCAAGCCCAGCCACCCCCAACAGCCCCAUCGCCCAGCCAGCACCACCUCAACCACUUCAGCUGCAAGGACACGAAAAUAGUUACAGGUCGGAAGUGAAAGCAAGGCAAGAUGUGAAACCAGACAUCCGACAGCCUCCAUUCACAGACUACAGGCAGCCCCCGCUGGACUACAGGCAACCCCCAGGAGGGGACUACCAGCAGCCCCCACCCUUGGACUACAGGCAGCCUCCCCUGCUGGACUACAGGCAGCACUCCCCCGACACCAGGCAGUACCCUCUGUCGGACUACAGACAACCCCAGGAUUUUGAUUAUUUCACUGUGGACAUGGAGAAAGGAGCCAAAGGAUUUGGAUUCAGCAUUCGUGGAGGAAGGGAAUACAAAAUGGAUUUGUAUGUGUUGAGAUUGGCAGAAGAUGGACCAGCAAUAAGGAAUGGGAGGAUGAGGGUAGGAGAUCAAAUCAUUGAAAUCAAUGGGGAAAGCACAAGGGACAUGACACAUGCCAGAGCAAUAGAACUCAUCAAAUCUGGAGGAAGACGAGUGAGGCUGCUGCUCAAGAGAGGCACGGGACAGGUCCCAGAAUAUGGAAUGGUACCUUCCAGUCUCUCCAUGUGCAUGAAAAGUGACAAGCAUGGGUCCCCAUAUUUCUACUUAUUGGGCCACCCUAAAGACACGGAAAGAUCCAAACUGGCUAGAACUGACAAUAGGAAGGACGAACCCGCCCCCUGGAGUUCUCCCGCUGCCGCCGCCCCAGGUCUGCCGGAAGUAGGCGUCUCCCUGGACGACGGCCUCGCUCCAUUCUCUCCAUCACAUCCAGCCCCACCCUCCGACCCUUCCCACCAGAUAAGCCCAGGCCCAACUUGGGAUAUCAAACGGGAACACGACGUUAGGAAACCAAAGGAGCUUUCAGCCUGCGGCCAGAAGAAGCAGCGCCUCGGGGAGCAGAGGGAGCGCUCGGCGAGUCCGCAGAGGGCCGCGCGGCCGAGGCUCGAGGAGGCGCCCGGCGGCCAGGGGCGGCCCGAGGCCGGCAGGCCCGCCUCGGAGGCCAGGGCGCCCGGGCUCGCGGCGGCAGACGCGGCGGACGCGGCGCGGGCGGGCGGGAAGGAGGCGCCCCGUGCGGCGGCGGGCUCCGAGCUCUGCCGGCGCGAAGGCCCGGGGGCUGCGCCGGCGUUUGCCGGCCCGGGCGGCGGCGGCAGCGGCGCGCUGGAGGCCGAGGGCAGGGCGGGUGCGCGCGCGGGUCCCCGGCCGGGCCCGCGACCCCCAGGGGGCGCCCCCGCGCGCAAGGCCGCAGUCGCGCCGGGGCCCUGGAAGGUGCCGGGCUCUGACAAGCUGCCGGGCCUCCUCAAACCCGGCGCCUCGGCCGCCAGCAGAUGAGCCGCGCGGCCACGGCCAACCCGCCCGCCCCGGCGCAGGCAGUUCUUCUUAGGUUCCGUCUCACGGCGUUUUAAUUUAUUUUCACUGUCACACGCAUAGAUCCACGAGGCACCAAGGCCUGGGAGCAUCGACGUGAAGUCCCACGUGUCCGGUGUGCUUGGGCGGCAUCGCGUCAACGCGCAGACCUAAACUGAUCCUAAAGCCCCCGGUUCCCUUGUGGGGGCUUUGGCAGCUAUGGAAGAACCAAAAUAACGUGAAGAACAUCACAGAGACAGUGCAGUGUAGCUUUAGUUUAAGAAAAAAAAAUAUUCCUCCCCACUGCAUGAAGGACUUGGAUGUCAUCCAAACUUUAUAUCAAGAAACAGGACAGUUAAGAGCAAUCACAAACUGGAAUAUCGCCUUAAAAAUCAAACUGCACGGAGCAAGCUGAAACUGAGACAAGAUUAUAUCUUUUAAUUGAUCUAAAGCGUUGUAAAUAAAUUGUUCUCGACAUAUCUAGACAGGGGUUAAAGGGUUUCUUUGACACAUUCGGAACCGUUCACCCAUGACAUGUUUCCAUGGCUCACCCUUGGCAUCCAUCCUCGGUGUUAGCAGCAGCGUUCCCUGCCUCCUGCAGGAUGACUUAGAAAUCUAGUGAGUUUCUUGGUGUGAUGCCAUUUUUAUUGCCCUUUCUGUGAUCAAAUCAUAUUUCUGUACAUUUUCAGUGGUAGAAAAAAAGGUUUUAAAAAUUGUAUCCUAGGGAACAGUUUGCCAUAAGUCAGAAUUUUGCAGUUUAGCUCAUAGAUUUAAUUGGUUUUUCUCUAAAAUAUGAAUUUUAUAAUUGAAGGACCACAAUUUGUUUAAUCAAGAUAGGCAACGCUCCAGUUCCUUUAUGAAGAGGCUUUUCUGUCGUCCCAGGCUAGCAGAGAUGGAUAGCUUCUUUGUCAGCAAUGUGAUUUCACUUAUUUUAUUGUCUUAUUUUAAACCCUGUCUCCAUGACUUCAUUUGCACUUUGACAGAGCAGAGGCAGAGUAUUUGUCUUAUAUUUCUCAGAUGAUAAUAUUAAAAAAUUACAACCAAUUUAUUUUCAUUAAAGAACGUGAGUCUUUUUAGCAUUCCUUUCUGCUUAUCCUUCUUUCCUUACCCUUUGUCCUUUUGUUUCUAUUAGUUUUCUUUCGUCCUGUAUUCCUUGCCACUUUAUUUUGUUAGCAACUUCUAGAUGUUUAUCUUCAUGGAUCUAUGAUUGACCUCCUAGUAAAAUUCUAAGUCUUGCCUUUCUUCCCUGCUGUUUUAGCAUUUCUUUGUAAAAUGUUAGCUUCAAUUAAUUAGCCAUUGGUACUUACUGUAGCUACACAUAUUAAAAGGCAAAGUGUUUCUGAAGGCAAUUUCUUUUUAAUAUGCCCGAAUGAAUGAGGCUUCAUCCUUUCCAUAUUCUUACUCUUUACAGGAGUUCAAAUGCAAAUAAGCUUCACCUCCCUGCACUUGUAGUCUAAAAAGUAAAAGGGGCGAUCAGGUCCAUCUCAAAGGUCACACGUAAUAGCCUCCCUGGGCUGAUCAUUCCCUCUCCUUGUAAUUGCAGUAUCCUGAGUAACAGUUUAAUUUUCAUCAAACAUCGGAGUAGUUUAGUUGUUUGACAGGAGGAGAAUAAGGUUGAAAGCCUCAAGUGAAGGAUCUUGCAGCUUGUGAAAGCAAUUUCCAAAAAUGAAACCCAUUCAUCAUAAAACAAAAGCACAAACACAUGUAGCAGUUUAUAAUGCUUUUGGUUUAAUCUCAAUUAGUCUUUCUCCCCUGGACUAGAAAUCCAGUAUAGUUUGCCAUUAAUUUAUUGAAUCUGGUUUUGGACAAUGCUUCUGUAGUGUAGCUGCACGUCCUGGUACUGUAUCCUCUGACUUUAUUUUCCAUGUAUUACAAAAGGAAAAAAAAUUGAGAUUACACUGGCAUAAACUCUAGUUUGCACAGUUCACAGCUACUACUUGUGCAGUAAUUACUUUAUGCGGCUGUAAUCCAUAACCUGUGAAGACAGCACAUCAUCUAAAUCCCAUUCCAAAUAAUAUUUGUGUAGUGUUAGCUGUGAAUUUACCCUGUACAGCUGUAUCUCUAUAAAUAUAAUUCCAUGUAUUAAUAGUCACAGAAAGACUGUAAGUGAGCAACUAUUUUUAUGAAACGCACCACUAUGGAUAAAUUAACUUUUACAGAAAUCUUGUUUACUGUAUGAUAUUCUAAAACACUGUCAAAUAAAAUAUAUAUCCAAAAAUC